CCUAUGGAAGCGCUUAGCCUUUGUAAAACUUGGUAUCGUUAAUUUGUAAUUCAGCUCAUGACAGAUUUGAACGUGUGGUGUACAAUCCUUAGUUUGUUAAGUAAAGGUGUUAUUCACUAAUGUGCACCAGUAAUUAAUCUUGUCUCUUGUUUCCUGGUGUAGUGGGAGAGCUUUCAUCGUUGGAAUUCUUUGAUCUUGUGGCUGUAUUACAGUGUUUUAAACCUGUUUUUUUCUGUUUGAGUAAAAACUUGAGUAUAUGAGUUAUUAUUAAAUUAGGUAUGUUUAAUAAGGACUUCUUUAUACAAAUGGAACAUGUUUCGACCCAACAAGUGGUGAUUCAGAUAUCGUUCCAAUGAAACCAACAAUGUUUAGAAGAAAACCUGACUUGGCCUUACAGGUACAGUAGUUCGAUUUUUCUGUGUCUAGCAAAGCACAACGAACUCUGUGUCAAGUUACUCCAAUUCAAAGAAUGGCUAGUCACAACGAUCGUUUCCGUGGGAGGCCUGCUUUUUUCCCAGCACAUCUCAAGUUUCACCCCAGCCUACAGGGUCUGCAGAUGCGAAUGGGAGGACUGGACACUUCAGCCUAUCUGUCUACAUCUGCUAGCUCAUCAGCACUCGUGGUGUUAGCUUCACAGCCCAGUUCUCAGGUUCAAGGGCUGGAGAAGGAACCAGCUUCGCCCUUUUAUACACCGUUCACGUCAGCCGGAUCCUUUCCUGCACUGCCCAUGUUUGGACCAGCAGACACUUACCCGCCCCACCUUCUUCCGGUUUCUUCGCCCAUGAUGAACUCAUCUGGUCUGGAUAGACAAGUUAGCUUUCUAAAUUCUGGAACAGGUAGUAACCUUAGACCUUUGGAGGUCACAGAUGAGCGAGUAGGCAACGGAUUUAAUGGAUCAGCUUUCAUUCCCGCAAAUGUUUUGAAAACUGACAACUCUGAUCCUACAAGUUCCCAAUCUUUUCAGCAUCCUAAGUACCAGAGUAAUAACAUCUUCCAAAGCGAUGCUAGCACUUCCCAAAGUUUUAGAGUAUCGCCGCCCGUUCGAGUUAAGAAAGAAUGCUCUACCGAUAAGGGCCUAUCUAUGACCAGCCCGGAAGUGCCCGAUCAUUUGGCCGAAACGGCCGUAUCUGACGGUGGAGACUCAACUGACCGAGGUACACCCGAAGAAGGCCGUCUGAGACGAAAGGUGAAAAAAAGAGGACUGCUGGAUGGACAGGCAUCGUGUUGUCCAGUGUGCGGAGUGACCAUCAGACCAGCGGAGUUGUUAUCACAUUUUGAACAGGAAGUUGAAAAACUAAACAAAAUAAACAAGAUCCUAAGGAGGCCAACCAAAGAAGGAACACCACAGAUUAGGAAUUCGCCCUCUCCGGGAAGCAGCAGAAAGAAGGAUUCAAUAAAUGCGUUAGAUUCUCGGUGGAACACCUUCCAGAAAGUCCAGUGCAAUCGGCAACAUCGGCUUGGAGUUCGAUCCUGCAAAACAAAGAAAAAAUUGGCGGAAGAAACUCUGUGUCCAGUGUGUUGUGAAAGAUUGACAGGAAAUCAGGAAGAGCUCAACCUCCACGUCGAACGGUGCCUAAGAAAGAUAGAAAACAAUGGUUCAGAAGAUGAAACGGUGGAUGUGGAAGCAGAAGAAGCCUAUGAAGAGUACGAAUGGGCAGGUCAAAUGAGGGUAAGAGCGACAUCGUUUCUGAAAGGAGGAUUUGCAGCGUCGGGUUUUCAAACAAGAAGACAUAACAGUGAAGACGAUGAACAAGAUCUAAACGUAGAUAGCGACGAUACUGCCACCUAUGGGCAACCACAAUACACCGAAGCAGAUGUUAUACCAUGCUCUUCUGAUGAGCCUACGGAGAACAGAGAGAGAGAGGAGCUGAGAAGAGCGAUGUUAAUAGAUGCUGAGGGACAACAAAGGAUUCCAGAAGGGAGCAAAUGGGUUUGUAAAAAUGAACAUCAGCUUGAGCUGGAAGGAAAUGAACAGCCUGCCCUAACCAAUGGGGAAAUUGAAUCAGAAAAAGCUACCAUUACACAAGAUAAACUUCAGACAGUUACAUCUUUAAAGUCCCGAAUUAAGGAACUAGAAAAACAAAAUCAUCACAAUGAUAAGAUGAAGUGUUUGAUAUGUAUGGAGCCGUACACACAGCCUGUAGUUUCUGUUUGUUGUUGGCACGUUCACUGUGAAGAAUGCUGGUUAAGAACAUUGGGGGCCAAAAAGUUGUGUCCACAGUGUAACAUGAUUACUUCCCCUAACGACUUAAGAAGAAUUUAUCUUUGAAUUGACUAACCAUUCCUCAGCAGUUGUACAAGUUGUAUGUAACUGAUUGUCAGUUAAAAGGUUCCUAAAAAACAGACUAAGAUGGAAAAUUAUGAUCAACUAUUUCUUGUUCUGUUGUAUCAUUUAUUUAGUUCUUAUUUUUAAUAUUUUUUCUUGGAUUUGUGAAAAGUUUGCUGGCAUGUGUAACCAAAGUGGUUUCUGUGAAAACUGAUAGUGAUAUUAAAAAAAUCCAUAUAUGUACAAUAAGAAGCAGAGAAGCUAUAGAAUUGUAUAGUAUUUUAAUUUAUGUGUAUAGACAUCGUUUUAGCAAACUUUUUUGUCAUGUAUAUGUUUAAAAGUUGUUAUAAGAAAGACUUUUUUUUUCCAGACCAGAGUUGUGACUGAAAUAAACUGACCUCUCAUUACUUGCA